AUGACAGAAAAAAAUGUUAUUAGCAAUAUAUUUUCCAAACGUAUGUCUGAAUUAUUUGACUUACGAGUUGAAAAUGAUAAGGACAUAAUUGAAGGAUUGUCUGAGCUAUCAUUAUUUCUUGAAAACAAUAAUCCUGAAAGUAGAAGAAAUUUAAAAAGUCUUAUUGAAGAAAGAAUGAUAAAAAUUAACAGAAAUUUUUUGGUAUCGUUUAGAGACAUGAAAGAAAGUUUCCAAAAAGUUUGUGGAGGGAUUAAUGAAAUGAAUUCUGCAUUAAUUGAUAUGAAGAAAAACUUACAGACCACCAAGUACAAAACCAAAGAAUUGAUAGAAAAAACAUUAGAAAUUCAAAAAGAAAUCAACAGUGUAUCUUUAAAAACAGACAUUGUCACUGCAGUCAUCGAUAGGUUUCAGUUAAACUCUUUUGAAGUAUCAAUUGUUAGAAGUUCCGAUAUUUCAUCGGAAAUUUUUUCCGUAUUAGAUAAAAGCAAUAACAUUAUUUCAAAUUGUAAGCUUAUUCUUCAGAAUGAAAAGUAUAAUUUAGCUCAGGAUGUAUUAGAACAAAUGUUUGUUUAUCAGGAAACUGGAAUGGAAAGAUUAUUAAAAUGGGUAAGAGGAAAAUGCAGUGCAUCAGAAACUACUGUUUUAAGUUCCAUUCUUCCUCAAGCUUUAUCCAAACUUCAGAGUAAGCCUAUUUUGUUUGACCAGAUUCUUGAAGAAAUAUCAGCUAAUCGCAGUAUAGUAUUAGUGAGGCAUUUUAUUGAUGCAUUAACUCUUGGCGGAAAACCUAUCGAGCAUAGAGUUACAGAGCCAAGACGAUAUGUUGGAGAUAUGCUUGCUUGGUUGCAUCAAGCAUUACCCACGGAAUUAGAAUAUUUAAAUUACUUACUUAAAAAUUGUGAAAAUGGAGAUGAUUACGUUAUGCAAACUCUUAGAAAAAUUACAGAAGGAAUUUGUCAUCCUCUUCGUGUAAGGAUAGAACAUGUUUUAUUAGGAGAAGAAAAUUCUCAGGAUUAUAUAUUACUUCAAGAUAUAUACAUUUUGCUCAAGGAAUACAACAAUAUUAUUUCUCAGAUUAUUUCUAACAGUAAAUUAAAUGCAACAUUUACGGAUCUUAUUGAAAUAGCAGAAAAAGCAUUUAUAUUUUCACUUCAAAACAAAGUCUCAGCCAUUUUAGGACAAGAAAAAAAAAAUGAACAGGGAAAUCUUUUACCGGGAGAGUCUACGGAAAAAAUAGUUCAGUUUUUAGUACAAGUGUUGACGGCGAAUCCAUCGUCGUCAAUCAGUGAAAAUCACGUGACAAAAGUAGUUGGAUGCGGCGUCGAUCCACUGAUGAAUCAAAUAACGGAGACAGCAUCUAAAUUACCAGUUACAGAAAUGGCCUUGCAAUGCGACGCUCAAAUCGAUACUCUGACGUCAGAACAAGCAGGUGCCUUGGUGGGACAUCUUGGACUAGGACACAUUUACACCGUUUUGCAAAGUAAUUCGACUAAACCUUUGAGCACUUUGCCCGCGAUGGAACCAUCCAAGUUGAUUGGAGUCUCCGGAAAACUGGAAAAAUUUCUAGCGUAUCCGAAUUCGUAUCAAAUCCCUCAGUUAGCUCAUCUAUCGAGUGCCGUUCACAGAAGCACCGUGCAAAAACGUUCAUUUGCCGUUUUGGGUACGAUUUACGAGACUUUGUAUCAGGCUGUGAACGAUCCGAAAAACGGAUUUAAAAAUCCGUCGGAAAUUCUUCCCAUAACACCGGAAACAGUAAAUAAGGUAUUUUCGUCGACGGAAGGGGAUGGUUCGGGAGGUGGAGGAGGAGGGGGAAUCAACGAAGUUUCUCAACAGAGUUGA